UCCUGAUACCUGUGUUGUUUACGGUCUGCCAAUUCCGAAGCAAAAAAAAAGGAGGGUUCUUCUUGUUCAUCGCAGAGGUAUCCCUCGGUUUCGUGUCACUUCGGGAUCGCAUCGCCAAGCACGCCUUCCUGAAUCCUCAUCUUCGCCCCCCGUCUUCCCAGCUCCGAUGGCCUCCGCCGCCGCUGAGGCAGCCGAUCAGAAAGUCGUGGUCCACGUGCGCAACACCGGCGAUGCGCCGGUGCUGAAGCAAACCAAGUUCAAGAUUUCAGGAAGAGAGAAGUUUUUAAAGGUCAUUGAAUUUCUUCGCCGACAACUUCAUCAGGAUACACUGUUUGUCUAUAUCAACAGUGCAUUUUCACCAAACCCAGAUGAGCUGGUAAUUGACUUGUAUAAUAACUUCGCGAUUGACGGAAAGCUUGUGGUCAAUUAUGCUUUGUCAGCAGCAUGGGGUUAAGAAAGGUUGGACAGCAUUAGGAAAAUCAGCCGUGCCUACUGAAAUUGUAUAGUUUUGGUGAAUCACUGUAAAGCUCCGUCAUUUCUGUCUUUAGAUGUCGGAUCCUCUUUGUUUUGUUCCAUGAUAUUGGUCAGUGAAGUGUUCGUAGUACAUUAGUAAACUCAGCUACCAGCGAGAGAUGGUGUUGUUGCUCCAACUUCCAAACUUGUAUUCCCCUUAAUUUUUCCGGUUUUAUGGAACAAAAGGGAUCCAAACUUAAUCUUUGAAUGGUAGAAAAAGAUGAAGCAUUAAAAUGGA